AUGAAAAUUUUGUUUUUAAUUUCGUGUUAUUACGUAAUAACAACACACGACGUUAACGGUUAUGAAAUAUUUAAUUCGGAACGACAAUGUUAUUUACCGCCUUAUUUAAAAAAAGAAAUACAAAGUUAUGGAAAUUUUGUCAACGACAUCAUUCAAAUUUCAACAACCGGAAAUUACGCCGGAGAAUAUUAUAACGAUUUAUCGAAAUUUAUCGAUAGAUACGGAAACAGACUUUCAGGUACGAAAAAUCUAGAAGAAUCCAUAAAUGAUAUUGCCAUGAAAUCGGCAUCGAAAGGAUUGGAAGUUUCUCUGGAUCCUGUCAUGGUACCACAUUGGGUACGAAAUUACGAAUCCGCACAUCUUUUAAGCCCUAGAAAAAAAGAAUUGAAUAUAUUAGGUUUGGGUUAUUCCCCGGGUACUCCCGGUUCGAAUGGUAUAACCGCCGAAGUUAUUGUUGUUGAUAAUUUUGAAGAACUCGAAGAAAGAUGCGCCGAAGUGAGUGGUAAAAUCGUUUUAUUCAAUGCAAAUUUUACCACUUAUGGUGAAACAGUAAAAUACAGGAGUAAGGGACCGGCAAAAGCGGCUAAAUUAGGUGCUGUUGCUGCCCUUGUAAAAUCCGUUACGCCUUUUUCCAUAUACAGUCCACAUACGGGUACGACAAGUUUUAAAAAUGGCGGACCUAAAAUCCCUUCCGCAUGUGUUACGUUAGAAGAUGCUGAUUUUUUGGCACGACUUUUCAAAAGAGGUCAUAAAAUAAUAGUUAAUUUACAAAUGAAUGCUGUAUUGAAACCAUCCACGCUAUCGAGGAAUUUAUUAGCCGAUUUCAGAGGAAAACAACUUCCUAAUCAUCAAGUUAUCGUAUCCGGUCAUAUAGAUAGUUGGGAUGUUGGAGAAGGAGCUUUGGAUGAUGGUGUGGGAGCUUUUCUCGCUCUUCAUUCAUUAUUUUUACUUAAAUUUAUGAAUGUUCCUACACCGAAGAGAACCAUGAGAGCAGUUUUAUGGACUGCUGAAGAAUUAGGUUUGAUCGGAGCACAAGCUUAUUUGAAAGAACACGAAUGCGAAUUACAAUAUAUUACUGCUGCUUUAGAAUCUGAUUUUGGUAGUUCCAUUCCUCAAGGAUUAAAUUUCGAAGGAAACGACGAAGCAUAUUGUAUUGUGAAAGAGAUAGCAUCAUUAUUUGAUAGAUUAAAUGCUACAACUGUUGAUAAAAUAACUGGUGUUGGUAGUGACGUAUCAGUAUUCAAACCGAAUGGUAUUCCUCUUAUCGAACCACGUUAUGUAAAUAGUAAUUAUAUGUGGUUUCAUCAUACAAAUGGAGAUUCGAUGAGAACUCUUAAUAAGGAAACCAUGGAUAAAAAUUUGGCUGUGUUUGCUGCUACAACAUACAUUCUUGCAAAUCUUUCUGUACCUUUACCGAGACCAGGACAAACUGUAUGGGAUUUAGUUCCUAAUAAAUAA